AUGGACGCCGGCAAAGACAACGCCAACCCGACCAUCCUCAACCCGGACGACAUACCUCGCCGCACGCGGUCCACGCCAUCGACGCUGACGAAGCAUGCCAUGUUCGACACCUUGGCACCGGCUUAUCCCAGCCUUACAGACUCCGACACUCUGAACGACAGCCUAUCGUCUUCAGAAGAUGAGUCGGACCGCGAAGAAAUUGACGAGCAAGAGGUCUACGAUCUCAUCUCCAACAUCACCGACCCGGAACACCCGCUCUCCCUCGGCAGCUUGGGCGUGGUGAAUCUGUCAGACAUUGCCAUAAUCCCGCCCACCUCGCCAACAUCCCGCAUCAGCUCCGUGCGCGUGCUCAUAACGCCCACAACAUCCGCCUGCUCAUUGACAACAGUCAUUGGCCUGGGAGUCAAAGUCCGCCUAGUCAACGCCCUCCCACCCCGGAUUCGCGUAGAUGUGCGCAUCAAGGAAGGAACCAGUUCUUCGGCAGACGAGGCCAACAAGCAACUUGGCGACAAGGAACGUGUCGCAGCCGCCAUGGAGAACCGCAAUCUAGUCAACAUGGUCAACCACAUGCUGUCCUCGUGCGAGUGA